AUGCCUCAUCCCGAUAUGACAUACUACGUCUCAAAUGAUCCCGCUUGGUGGCCGCUCAUCACCGGUGCUCGUUUUUCAGCCUAUUUUGUAGUUGCAUCAUCUGCUGUGGUGGUAUAUGAUUGGACAUGCACAUUCGCACAAGAGUUCGAGCUGAUCUGGGUGAGCAAAGUCCUAUUAAGAAGCAAACAGGAUAAUGCAGUUGAAUCGGUGCAGAUGCAACGCUGGUCCUUCAUGUCCGUUCUUUAUGUUUGUGUGCGCUAUAUUGGAAUAUUAUAUUCUUUGUAUGAUUUCAUGGCUAAGAAGUUGACACCCACUGUACUAAUGAACCAUAUCUCACAAUCAGCACUGCCAUACUUUCAUGUAGGGUCUUUCCCAGUCCCGAUGACAGAUGUAGUGGCUACUGACUCCACUCCUACACAGGGGUUCAUUCGAAGCGGCGAGUCUAUGAAUGCACAACUCUCACCGAGUUUUUCAGGCCAUAUCCUUUAUUUCAUAUUGAUGUGGACGCCUGUCAUCGUCGAUGCCAUAGUGGGCGUCAUCAUGAUGACUCGGAUAUAUGCCAUGUAUGGGCGGUCCAAAAAGAUGCUCAUCUUUCUCGCUGUACUCUUGCUGGUUUCUAUCAUCGCCACUGGAGUUGUGACGGUAUUUGGAAACCUGGGUGUUUCGGGGGGGGAAGCUGUGCUUUCUGGUUACCACAUGUGUUUUUUCAAGAUUGACACAGACUUAACAGAUCUGAAUGCUGAUAUGUUGAUACCCACCGCAAUAUGGGAGAUCGUCGCCUUUUUUCUUGCAGUAUGGAUUUUUAUGAAACACCUCCGUGAACUGCGACAAUCGCAGGGAGGAUCGACCACUGGGGACUGUUUCACGGUGUUAAUACAAAGUCACGUGUUGUACUUUCUAGCCUUUGUUAUCGUGGCUUGCGUCACUCUGGGUACACUGUCUCUAUAUAUCACGUACCCAUCUACUUUGGGAGUUGCUGUGUAUAACUGCAUUUUCAACAUCUCCCAGGACUUCCAGAUGUGUGUGCUGGGACCACGUCUGAUCCUCAGCAUCCGUGAAUAUCACGCUAAGCUCGUGGCCGGGUCUGACGGGGGAACACACAUGACAUCCAUUGCUUUCCAGUCUGGCGGAGAUACAUUGACUGGCGGAGAUGCGUUGACUGGUGGAGAUGCGGAGCACUGGAAACCAUCCAAGUGAUCAACUCCGGGAGCAUGUACCAUUUGAUUUCGAGUUUUGUUGUGGUAUUUAAGUACAACCCACUUAUAUAAAUAUGUACUUCUUUGAUCUCAUACAUGGGCAUAAAUGGCAUACAAAAGGGAGUAAGCACAUAUGCAACACAGGGACGACAUCUUCACUUGGUUCUUGAGCUUGAAACUCGGCCCAUCACUCGGGCUGGUCCAUUGCCAGAAAG